AUGUCUGUGUCAUUACUGAAAAGAUAAAGGCAGAAGCCGACAGAGAUUGGCCGGAACAUUUUUGGAUCAGGGUGUCUGGACUGUUGGACCGCUGUAUUAAGAGUAUUAGAGUAAAACGAUUGAAAGUGACCACUUAUGGGAAAAUGAGGAGCGACAAGUCUGUAGGAGCAGCGAUGGAGGUGGGAGGGCUGGUGUAUCUCCUGCUCCUGCUGGCCGUGCAGAGCCCCCCCUGCCACCUGCAGCACACAGAGGAGCAUCCGUGUCGCCGUUCCUCGGGCCUGACUUGCUUCAACAACUUCGACACAAACAUCACCUGUGCAUGGCCCAGCUCAGAAACUCGUUCAAGAGCGCCCUGCGUUCUCCAUGGAAAUUAUUCAGACCUACCUAUCCCGUCUGAGGCCAACUGUCGCCUGACGGAGGGUCGGAGCUGCCAUCUUGUAUUUGACAUGAUUCUUUUCCAUAACUUCAAAAUAGCCAUGACUGUAACAUGUGGAGAUCAGGUUGCUGACACUUUUGAGUACGAGCCGGAUCUCUGUGUGAAAUGGAACCCCCCUGAUAAACCUGUCAUCACCAAUUCUUUGGGUUCUCACAUCAUCUCCUGGAGCCACCCCCAAAAAUUUGGCCCUCAGACCGUCGAGUAUGAACUGCAGUUCAAACAAGAGUCGGAGCCCCUGUGGGAGAAUGCGGAAACAAGGAGCAUAUUCACACAGCCUGUAGAGCUGACCGAGCACAAACUUAAAAUGGGACUGAGGUAUCAGGCCAGGGUUCGAGUCAGGCCGCAUAAGGACUCUGGCGUUGAAGGGGUGUGGAGCAGCUGGAGUCCUAUUGGGUCCUGGAAAUCAGCGAUUGGGACGCCUAAAAUUGAGGAGUUCUCGUCUGGCCCAGGUCCAGGGCCAGAGCUGCAGAUGACUGUGGGGCUGGUAGCUGUCGCUGUUGUCCUUCUGGUCCUGAUCGGCUGCAAACACCACAGAGCUGGCUGGGUUCACAAGCUGAAACUGCCCCAUGUGCCAACCCCCUCCACCUACUUCCUAUCGCUAAAUUCUGUCCAUCGAGGGAAUUUCCAGAAAUGGCUGAGUCCCGUGUUUGCCCCAGAAUCCUUUGAGGUCCCACCGUGUUUUGAGGACACCUCCACUGCCGAGGUGUCCCCAGUCAAGCACAUCGCCGCCCUGCUCGCCAGCGAGCAUCCCGGUGACCCCACAGCGCAGGGGGACAGCUGCUCCACGUGCCCCAGCUCCUACGAUGCGAAGGUUUGUCCAGUGUACAUCGGCUAUAAAUCCGUGGUGGUGCACUCUGGGCAGGAAGGUGGCGAUGAUGGGGUAGAUAUCCCCCUUCAGGAUACGCCCCUCCAAGUAAUCUGCUCCUACAAGCAACUAGGAGGGGAAUCCAGACAGGACCCAGGAUGCAGGCAGCUGGAUGGAGAGAAUGAAGAGGAGGAGGAGGAAGAGGAUGCGGAGGAGGAGGAGGAGGAGGAGGAGGAGGAGGGUGACAUUGAGGGUGGUCCAAAGGAAACGGAUACUCUUUCUCCUCUAAACGCCUUCCCCUGUUCUCACUUCGCUCUACCCCCUCACCAUCCCAGCAUCCCUCUGCUGGCCUUCCCGUUCCGCGGUUUUGACUCAGAUGCAGCCCCAGGUUGCUGCAAUGCCUCAGGUCUUGGUAGACCUGGCUUUGCGGAAAUCGAGCCCUCUGGCGGGGGGUAUAUGUCAGUGGAGAGCGCGCGCCGCAACAUCUCCCGCUGAAUCUGUGCAAUCUGUGUGUGCAGUCACAGUAAACCUCCCCCGGGUUGAUUGGAGGGUGAUUUGAUUCACCUGAAUCUCAGGGUGUGGCAGUUAUUUGGCAGUUGAGAGGAGCCUGGUGCAUUCCCCUCUCGUCCAAUCAGGGUGUGAUGGCCCCCUUUCUUUUGGGCUUAAGAGAGGCGGGAACCUUCACAUCCAUUUCAUUUUCUGAUCCUACCGUCUUGUAUUUUUGGGGGGAAUCAAAGGGAGAAAAGGGGAAUAUUUCAGUUUCCUUUUAUUAAUGAAGAGGCAUUUGUUCAUUAUUUUAUCAAAGAGGCAUUUGUUCAUUAUACUUUGAUUAGUCCUUCCUGUAUUUUGUCGUUGGGACCUAGCUCUUCUGAAGUUGAAGUUUCGUCAGUGCCACCACAAUGCAUUUAAACAAGGGGUUUGGACAUCGUUGUGAUGUCACCAUGAAGUUGUUUUUCAUCUUCUCAGUGGGAAGAUUAACACACACACACACAUACUACACUAGGCUCCAACUCAUCAGUUUCACGUCCAAUGACAGCUUCCUAUUACACAGGGUCUCGGUGCUGUGUCUUCCCUUCUAUCCUGGGCCCUUUCUAUUUCUAAUUGUUUGCAUGAACUGUAUUGUAUCUCUAGUGGAAUGUCAAAUUUGGCAUGAAUAAACAAUAGCCUGUCGUA